AUGGCUCCUUAUACUGAUAUAUAUACCCGUACCUUAAUAAUCGCGCUAAAGUCACCUCCUAUUGGCAAGAAUACGUCACAAGUUGCUGUGCUAACUAGUGUUAAUCCUCGUACUGUCGAUCGUAUCUAUAGUAGAGCUAUUGCUGCAGGCUUUAAGCCAAACGAACUUCCUAUUAAGAUCCUUCCACACUACAAGAAUGUUAUCUGGACAGACGAGACGUCUGUAGUAAUUAACCACCGACGUGGGGGCUAUAGAGUCUGGAGAAAGGCAGAUGAGAGAGUAGUCAAGAGCUGUAUCCGUGAGAGGUGGAAGGGAUACUCUGAGUUCAUGUUCUGGGGCUGCUUCUCGUACGAUAAGAAGGGUCCAUGCCAUGUCUACCAGCUAGAGACAAAGGCAGAGAAAGAGGAUGCUGCUCGUCGGAUUGAGCAGCUAAACGCUGAGCUUGAGCCUCUACAGAGAGAGGAAUGGGAGCUGUCAGAGUCCAUGAGGAGGACAGGGCUACGUAAUAAGCGUGGCAGGAAGUCUCAAUGGAGAUGGACAGAGAAGACAGGCAAGCCGGUGCGCACGUCUGGAGGUGGCAUAGACUGGUGGAGAUAUCAGACCUGCGUUCUAAUCCCAAAGCUGAUUCCUUUCGCUAAAAAAUGCCUCCAAGAUAGACCUCAGACUGUUGUAAUGAAGGAUAAGGCACCUAGCCACGCCCACCACUAUCAAAGUGUGAUCUAUCGCCUGCACGAUGUCGAGAGACUACUCUGGUGUGGUAACUCGCCAGACUGUAACUGUAUUGAGCCAUGCUGGUUCUAUAUGAAGAGAGAGACUACGAAGAAAGGAGCUCCACAGUCAAGGGCUGAGGCAGUUAGAAUCUGGCAGAACUGCUGGAGAGAUCUCUCGCAACUCAAGAUCCAAGCCUGGAUUGAGCGAAUUCUUGUACAUAUUCAAAAGAUAAUUGAGCUACAAGGUGGUAAUAAGUACAUAGAGGGGAGAGACAAGCCUCGGCUAAGGCGGCCGUACUUCGGAUAG